UUUUACAACUUGACGGCUUCUUUGGAUGUUUUGGAAACCUUGCCUUUAAACAAACAACAUUUGUCCUCUUACAUAUCAACGACCAUCUUCGAAUCACGUAAAAGGGGAAUGUGGAGGAGUUGGAUUUCUUUGAAUUUUUGUCAGUUAAGGUAUUGCUCAUUUGCUAGGUUGGCUAGCUCACGAGCUAACGCUAGCUAGUCAUCGACUGCCUGGAUUAGCAGUCUCAAUUCCACACCCGACCACAAUAGUUAUCAUGACUUGUUUUUGCUGUGUCCCAUCCCUCUUGUACGACCUUUCUUAGUUUCGGUACACUGAAGGAGGCGUUUUGGUUUUUUUCUUUUAUUGUUGGCACUGCCUCUUAUUUUUUCCGCAGCGAAGGUCGGUCAAAUUACACCCGAUUCUAAUCGGCCUGAAGAUUUGAAUCAUCGGGUUUGAUUUUUUCCCAGCCAGUGCUUUUCAAGGAAGAAAUCCUCAAAAGCUGUCUGAAUAUACGUCAGCAUUGACUACGUUGGUGUUUGUUUUUAUCAAGAAAGUAUUUGAUAGUUUUGACACGUUGGUGUCCCCUGGAAGACCAUGUCGUCUAAUCUGUUUUUCAACUAGACCACACAUACACCAUUGACCAGCUUGUAUAAGUUAGUUCGAAUACGUGGAUUGGCUGCUAGUUUAUUUGAUUAAACCUACAGGCCAACUGAAACGAAAAAAAUCGACUGGGCAACGAAUUUAAUCGGAAUUGGCGGUUUGAAACUUCACACCGUCUUUACCUAUUUGAAAUGGACACGUACCUCUUGCUAGCAAGCUAACUAAUGUGGGAUUCAACUUGUUGAUCACUGUCUGUGUGGCUAGCUAUCAGCUAGCUUGCUAAUUUGGACCUUAUUUUACUCUUUUUACGUGAAACGAGGAUCUCAGGAUAGUGUUAUCUACUAUCACUAAAUGUGUGCCCAACUCUAAAAGACUUUUUUUGUUAUCCCCGGCCCCAAUUUUCGAAUAUCCCUGACUCAAAAUGUCAAGCCGGCCACCAUUAUUGGCUGUCAUCGAAAAUUCAUCAGGCCAGCCCCACUCCGACUCCAAAGCGGGUGGCCGCCCCAACAUGCCGCGGUGCCGGAACUCGGUCGCCACGACGGCAGACGAGACCCCUCACAUCGGCAACUACCGACUACUGAAGACCAUCGGAAAGGGCAACUUCGCCAAGGUCAAACUGGCCCGACACGUCCUAACGGGCAAAGAGGUAGCGGUGAAGAUCAUAGACAAGACGCAGCUGAACUCUUCCAGUCUUCAAAAACUCUUCCGGGAAGUGAGAAUCAUGAAGCUUUUGAAUCACCCAAACAUAGUGAAGUUAUUUGAGGUGAUCGAGACGGAGAAGACGUUGUAUUUGGUUAUGGAGUACGCCAGCGGAGGAGAAGUGUUUGAUUACCUCGUCGCUCACGGGAGGAUGAAAGAGAAGGAAGCCCGUGCCAAAUUCAGACAGAUUGUCUCUGCUGUGCAGUACUGCCAUCAGAAGUGCAUUGUCCACAGGGACCUAAAGGCUGAGAACCUCUUGCUGGACGCUGAUAUGAACAUUAAAAUCGCAGACUUUGGCUUCAGUAACGAGUUUACGGUGGGGAACAAGUUGGACACGUUUUGCGGCAGCCCUCCGUACGCGGCCCCCGAGCUCUUCCAGGGCAAGAAGUACGACGGGCCGGAGGUGGACGUCUGGAGUCUGGGCGUGAUCCUCUACACGCUGGUCAGCGGCUCCCUGCCCUUCGACGGACAGAACCUGAAGGAGUUGCGUGAGCGGGUAUUGAGGGGGAAGUACAGAAUUCCCUUUUACAUGUCUACAGACUGUGAGAAUCUGUUGAAGAAGUUCCUCAUCCUCAACCCCACUAAGAGAGGCAGUCUGGAGCAGCAGAUAAUGAAGGAUCGCUGGAUGAAUGUCGGACAUGAGGAUGACGAGCUGAAACCCUACAUUGAACCUGAGCCUGACUACAAGGACCCUAAGAGAACAGAUAUCAUGCUUCAAAUGGGCUAUUCUCAAGAAGAGAUCCAGGACUCACUGGUGAACCAAAAAUACAAUGACGUCAUGGCAACCUACCUGCUGUUGGACUAUAGAAACUCAGAGCUGGACGAGGGAGUCAACGUGCAGCUGAAACCACGCCCCGACCUCACAAACAGCAAUGCCCCCUCACCCCCUCACAAGGUACAGCGUAGUGUGUCAUCCAAUCAGAGGCCUCGGAGACCAACGGAUCAAAGACCUCAAGGAGACAACAAACAGGCCACAGAGGAUGCUGGGAGGAAGGGUUCCAGCAGCUCCGCCAAAGUCCCACCCAGUCCCAUCGUUACUGGGGACCGCAAAAAGAGCUCCACGCCUUCCACUAACAGUAUCUUGUCCACUGGCACCGGGCGCAGUAGAAACUCCCCCGUCACUGAGAGAUCCACGCUGGGAGUACAGAACGGCAAAGACAGCCUGAGCACUCCGGGUUCCCGCGCCUCCACUGCCUCCGCGGCCGCUGUGCUCUCCUCAUCCUCCUAUUCCUCCCGUUCCCGCCAUCACAAGUCCCUGUCCACCUCCGCUCACCCCUGUCCCACCGACCUGCACGCACACCGGCCCAGCGCCCCCACACAGAGGGCUCCCGGCGCCUCCCCCUCAGCCCACAACAUCAGCGUCGGGGGGACGGACCGCACCAACUUCCCGCGGGGGGUGGCCACCCGCAACACCUUCCACCUGGGCCAGCAGAGGGGGGCACGGGACCAGCAGGGCUCGCCCUAUCAGUGCCCCCCUGCCUCGCCCUCCCUCUCCCACGGCAACAGCCAACAGAGACGACCCGCCGCCUCCGGCAUCUUCAGCAAGUUCACCUCCAAGUUUGUUCGCAGAAAUCUGUCGUUCAGGUUCCCCAGAAGGAGCCCGUAUGAGGGAGAGGGUCGUGAGGAGGGCAGCAGGUCUAUGCUGAGCAGCACCGUGGACAAGUCGGAGAAGGGCGGAGGCGGCGGAACACUGAGCGGCUCGGGCGGAGAUGAAAACAAGGACUCGCUCUCCUCCUCCUCCCCGGGCAGCGGCACCGGGCCCCCGUCCGGACCCCCGUCCUCGGUCAAGGACCAGUCCAAGCCGCGCUCCCUCCGCUUCACCUGGAGCAUGAAGACCACCUCCUCCAUGGAGCCCAACGAGAUGAUGAAAGAGAUCCGGAAGGUUCUAGACGCCAACAGCUGCGAGUACGAGCUUCGCGAGCGCUUCAUGCUGCUCUGCAUGGCCGGGAACCCCGCCCACGACGACUUCGUCCAAUGGGAGAUGGAGGUGUGCAAGCUGCCCCGCCUCUCGCUCAACGGCGUGCGCUUCAAACGGAUAUCCGGCACGUCCAUCGCCUUCAAGAACAUCGCCUCGAAGAUCGCCAACGAGCUUAAACUGUGAGUGACAAGGAGGAGAGAGGAUAGAGGGAGAGAGGAGCGGAGGAGUCGUUUUAAGCUCACACUUAAGCAGGUUCGACGACUGACGUGUGAGCUCAUACCGAACUGAUGAAAAACGGUUACCAGCACUGAAGAAAGGGGACGGGGGGGUUGGUGGUGUAAAAGAAUUGUAGGUAAGGAAGAGAUGUUAAAAUAGAGCGAGAUAGGACACUUGAGUUUGAGGAAAUGGAGUUGAUGGAGGAGUAUGAAACAUAGAUAGUCAUUUUUGUUUUUGCUGGUUCCUUGAUCA